AUGGGCUUUGCCCCGAUCAAUCCCAAGGGUGUACCCAUCGCCGCCAUCGAGGAAGCAUUCGCGACAGACUCCUCGUUGAAAAAGCGAAUCUACGACGCGAUCGACGUAACACCUCAGCACCGAUCUGUAUUCGAAGAUAUUGCGAAAUAUACCUCCAGCCUGCUGGCCAGGACUGCUCACACUACCCUCCCUUCACGGUCCCCAGUCGUCGCUGAUGGCCCGGCCGCUAAAAAGCGCAAGCUCCAGAAUGGAGACUCCGGGGAGACUGCGCAGGCGUCAGUCAACCUGAAGGAUGGCAAUGCGCCACUUUCAUUCUACGUUCAAGAUGUUUCGUUCUCUACGCCGCAGAGAAAGAAACUCACGCUUGAGAUCACUGCUGGGCACACGUACCUUCGGGCAAGGAAUCAGACCACGAAAGAGAUUGAAUUUGGGGUUUCCAUGGAUAAGAUCCGACAUGCACUUUGUCUUCCCGUGCCCGAAAAGACACAGAAACAAUUCAACUUCUGUAUCAUUCCCGAGUUUGCGGACGGCAUCAACCCCCCGCCGGAGGGAACGGCAGUUGCCGAACCUAUGGUGUUUACGAUAUCCGAUGGUCCAGCGAAAGCUGCAUUCUCAGGGGAUGGGCAACAGCUCGGUCAGGGUCCCGGCGAGACAGCCGAGGCAUUGCUUCGCAAGAUUCUUAACGAACAUAUGCCACACACUAAUGUUGUGCGCCCCGAUGACAAACAGUUUGUCAGUGCCACACCUGAAGCGCACCGGAAGGGUGACAAGGCAUACCAUGUUAAGGCAUUCCGUGGCAGCAAAGAAGGCUACCUGUUCCUUCUUUCCACGGGUAUCCUAUUCGCCUUCAAGAAACCGCUUCUGUUCUUUUCGUUCGCGACCAUUGACUCUGUCUCCUAUACAUCCGUCCUACAACGGACCUUCAAUCUCAACAUUAUGGCUCGACCAGCAAACAGCUCCGAAGGAGACGUCCAGGAAUUCGAAUUCUCUAUGGUUGACCAGGCUGAUUUCUCCGGGAUUGACAGCUAUAUCAAGCGGCAUGGUCUACAGGACGCUAGUCUCGCAGAGGCACGGCGUGCCAAGGUCUACAAUGUGAAUAAAGCCGGAGGAGAGGAGGCAGCGGCUUCCACUGCUGAGGCUGCCGAAGGAGACGAAAGCGAGCUUCAAAAGGCCCAGCGGGAGCUUGAAGACCGAGAGGAUGAAGAGGAAGAGGACUACGACCCCGGUAGUGACGAUAGCGAUGGCAGCGGGUCCAGCAGUGAAGAGGAUGAUGGCGAGGACGACGACAACGCCGAGCAAGACAGUGAUGAGGACAUGAAUCUGGUCAGGGAUGAACUUGGGAGCGAAGCCGAGGAUGUUUCUGAAGACAAUUAG